UAGUUUACCAAUCUAAUAAUAAUAAGGGCAGAAUAAGGCAAAGUGAUAAAUAUGAUGGUUUAGAUCUAUCUCAUUCAUUUAACAUGGCAACAUCGAAAGAUUAAAUCUACAUUUUUAUAAAAUUAUAUCCUCCAAUGGGGCAGCACUGGAAAGCUUUUCCUUUAUUUCCAAACAAAUUGCUCUCUCUCCCCUUCCAAGAAAGCAUCCAAAAACGUUGACCCACCACGGAUCUGCUGCUUUUUCUUGACCCUUUCAAAAUCCAUUCCAUUCAAUUCAAUUCCUCCCAAUUCUCUGUAAGUUUUUUAAUCGUUACAUUCGAUUUUUUCCUGAGAGAUCUUCACAAAGUUUCAAUCUUCUUUAUCAUUUCUUUGAUCUAGAAUGGAUAGUAAUUAUUCAGCUAUACCCAAAGGCUCAUUUGUAGAAUUACAAAUGCAAAAUGAACCCCACGACUUUAGAUCCCAACAAAAAUCGCUCCUCUCUGAUGAUGGGAACCGGGUAAAUCAUCCCAAGGUUAUUGAUACUGAUGAUGUUGAUACUGAUGUUGAUGUUGAUCUCGAUGAUUGUACCCUUGUUUUAAGUAAACCCAAUAGCGGGUCUGGUGUUUCUGGUGCUGUUUUUAACUUAACCACCACAAUUAUUGGUGCUGGAAUCAUGGCUUUACCUGCUACUAUGAAGGUUCUUGGAAUUGUUUUAGGAAUUUUUUUGAUAAUCCUGAUUGGGAUUUUGUCUGAAAUUAGUGUCGAGAUGUUGAUUAGGUUUGCGGUUUCUUGUAAAGCUAGAUCUUAUGGGGAAGUUGUGCAAAUUGCAAUGGGGAGAACUGCUAGGGUUUUGUCUGAGAUUUGCAUAAUUGUCAACAAUGCAGGUGUCCUGAUAGUUUAUUUGAUUAUUAUGGGUGAUGUUAUGUCUGGUUCGGUUCGUCAUAUUGGGGUUUUCGAUCAGUGGUUAGGACAUGGUUUUUGGGAUCAUAGGAAGUUAUUGGUUUUGGUUGUUAUGGUUGUUUUUCUUGCUCCACUUUGCGUGUUAGAUAGGAUUGAUUCAUUGAGCAUGACUUCGGCUGCUUCGGUAGCUCUCGCUGUUGUUUUCGUUGUGGUUUGCUUUGCUGUUGCAUUCAUUAAGCUUAUUGAAGGGAAGAUAGAGGCUCCAAGGAUGAGCCCAGAUUUUGGAUCGAAAAUGGCAAUUUUGGAUUUACUAGUAGUUAUCCCUAUUAUGACUAAUGCAUAUGUUUGCCAUUUCAAUGUUCAACCUAUAUACAAUGAGCUCGAAGGGCGAUCUCCUCAAAAGAUGAAUCAGGUGGGGAGGAUCACAACUGCUCUUUGUGUUGUGGUCUAUGCCUGAACAGCAAUAUCAGGGUAUUUGCUCUUCGGAAAGGACACUGAAGGUGAUGUUUUGACCAAUUUUGAUAGGAAUCUGGGAAUUCGUUUUAGCACUGCUUUGAAUUAUAUUGCUCUUCAUUUGGUUCUGGUUUUCCCUGUUAUUCACUUUUCCCUACGGCAAACUGUGGAUAACUUGGUGUUUGAGGGAUCAGCUCCUCUCACGGAGAGUAAAAAAAGGUCUUUGGCAUUAACAGUAAUAUUGUUAGUGCUUAUAUAUAUUGGAUCUACUAUGAUCCCAAAUAUAUGGACAGCUUUCAAAUUUACUGGAGCAACAACAGCUGUUUCCUUAGGUUUUACGUUCCCUGCUCUAAUUGCAUUGAGGAUAAGUCAGCAAGAAGAGAGCAUGAGCUUGAGCAGAGUAGAAAAAUUUUUGUCGUGGUUAAUGUUAAUACUGGCUGUGAUAGUUAGCAUUGCUGGGAUAAUCGGGAAUAUUUAUACCAUCCAAAGUAGUUCUGAAUGAUUCCUCUUAAAGAGUUUCAGACCUGUUUUCAGAAGAGCAACUGUGGCAGGUUACCCGGCAUAUGAAGAAUGGACCCUUAUGUCUUGUAAGUUACUGGGAGUUUACAAAUUGAACCAUGUAAGGGAUAUGCUUAGUUACAUGUUUCUUCUUGCGCAAAAGAUUAGAGUAUAACUAUCUGCUUAGCAAAAAUAUUACAAUUGAUUUAAUAAUACUUUCCAUUUUUAUUUGGAGGAA